AUGUUGCGAGCUUUUAUUGAGCAAUUAUGUCGAAUACAUCGUAGGUUAUACAUCAACAGCUUACAUAAUGUUCUUCAUAUGUUACCAAAAGUUUCAUGUUCACCCACAAUUCUGGCGACUUUUUUUAGUUUGUUAGUGGAAAUUUCGUCUAGAAAAAAACUAGGGUUGGAUGUGCUUUAUGAUAUCGUGAAAAGAAGCGUUGAAGAUUCUUCUCUACAUUCCGUUGAUGUCUUGCGGCAAUGUACAACAAACGACUCAUCAUCUCGAGAAUUUUUCAUUAUGAAAAGUUAA